UGAGCUGGCCACACCGGUUUCUACGUCUUUUUAUUCUAUUCGUUCGUUCAUUUCAUUUCGUUCAUUCAUUAAUCAAUUUGAGUUGAAGAAAAAUGGCUGAUAAUAAGCUUUACGAGAUUUUAGGUGUUACUCGUAGUUCCAGCGACUCAGAAAUAAAACGGAGCUAUCACAAAUUGGCGAAGGAGUUUCAUCCUGACAAGAAUCCUGAAGCUGGAGAUAGAUUUAAGGAAAUCAGUUACGCCUAUGAAGUAUUAUCAGACCCGAAGAAAAGACAAACAUAUGACAAGUAUGGGUUGAAAGGUCUUCAAGAAGGUGGGCAAGGCGGUGGCUUCCCUCCUGAUGACUUGUUCGGUGGCUUCUUCGGCGACAUCUUCGGCAUGGGUGGCGGCAGCCGAGGGGGCCGUGGCCGUGGGCGCGGCCCGGUCCGUGGGGAGGAUACCAUCCAUCCGCUGAAAGUGUCUUUGGAAACUAUGUACAAUGGUAAAACAUCGAAAUUACAGCUAAGCAAAAAUGUGAUAUGUGGACCUUGCAAAGGAGUCGGGGGAAAGCCAGGGGCUGUGGUUCCUUGCAAGGAUUGCCAUGGACAAGGAAUUAAGGUCUCUUACCAGCAGAUUGGGCCUAACAUGACUCGGCAGUUUCAGAGCCGCUGCCCUACCUGCCAGGGCCAGGGUGAGACUAUCAAUGACAAGGACAAGUGCCCUAAGUGCAAAGGCAAGAAGGUAUUAAAUGAAACCAAAAUAUUGGAAGUUCAUGUGGAGAAGGGCAUGCGUGACCAUCAGAAGAUUUUCUUCCGAGGAGAAGGAGACCAGCAGCCGGACACCGAGCCCGGUGAUGUGGUCAUUGUUCUGCAGCAGAAGCCUCAUGAUGUGUUCCAGAGAACCAAUGAUGAUCUAGUGAUGAAGCAUGAGAUCACUCUUACUGAGGCAUUAUGUGGGUUUGAAUUUGUUGUCAAACAUCUGGAUGGCCGUGAUUUGCUUGUGAAGCACCUGCCUGGUGAAGUUAUUAAACCAGGAGAUUUGAAGGGUAUUCAAGGAGAAGGCAUGCCUCUUUAUAAGAAUCCAUUUGAGAAAGGUAAUCUGUACAUUAAAUUUGAUGUAAUUUUCCCUGAGAAUAAUUUUGCUUCCGAAGAACAAAUGAAACUAAUUGAAGGUAUUCUGCCGCCUCGUCCUGCCUUUGUUAUGCCAACGGGUGAAGAUGUUGAAGAAGUAAAUCUGAUGGAGUACACGGCUAGUGACAGAAAUCGCGGCAGAGAAGAAGCGUAUGCCAGCGAUGACGAAGAGCAGAUGCAUGCCGGCCCAGGAGUCCAAUGUGCCCAUCAGUAGCUCAAUUAUCCAUUUAUAGGGAUUUUACUCGGACCUCAUUAUGCAUAUAGUUCAAUACAAUCACUAUAUCACAAAAUUAGUUAAAACAAUGCUAGAAAUUUUAAUUUAUGGCUGAACUAGAUUCAUUUUGUCACUGAACCAGUUAAAAUGACAUGUGCCUGAUUUAUAUGAAAUGUUUAUUAGAACUACUUUGAACUAAACAAUGUAUGAUGCAAUAACAUUCAAUGAGUAGUAAUACAUUUAUUAAUGUAACCUUUAAUGCUAGUUUUCUUUUUAUUUUAUUGUUUUAUAGAGUUUUUGGGCACAAUAAUUACUAAAUGAAUAGUAGUAAUUUUAUUCCUUCCUUCAUGUAAUUCAUUCCAGGGACAUUUUUGUAUGGAUGAGGCAAAUAAUCAUAAAAAUACACAUAUUUUCUUUUA